GCCUCAACGCCGAUAUUGAAGGUUUUCAAGGUUUUCAGACAUCACCAUCUGGUCCUGGACGACAUCGAUGAAGACACGACUUUUGAGGACAUAAGGGUCCGAAGUCAUCGUGGAUCAUGGUGGGUGGUCCAGGCGGGAAGAAGACGGGCGGUGCGAAAGAAGAUUCUAAGCCACUGGCGAUAAAGGGCAAACAGUCUGUCAGCGACAAUGCAGAUAGAAUAGACUCGCCCGGGAGCGUAUCCUCCAGUGUAACCACGAAAAUCGAAGAUAACCUUCACAGACAUGAUCACGCCACAGCACACCAAGUCUCAUUGCCGAGGCCACAGGCAUCAAACCGAGGGAGUUGGUCAUGGCGAGCCAAAGCCACACCGGUAGCCUCAGUAGCUAAAGAGAGUAUAUUCGUCGAACAAGGCGUGAGUUCGGAGAGUGCAGAGGUGCGGAGACCGAGCCCGAGCGUAUCAAAGAGCAUGAAAGGCAGCAGGAAGAGCGUUCCAUUAGUCGCAGAAGCUACACGAGUCCAUGCCACGAGCGAUGGCGCAGCCAACACAAAAUCGCAAUCAUCGAGUAAACGGUCGGUCGACAACUCAGCAGCCGAGACAAAGUCGGAAAAACCUGGCCCAUCGAGUGUGCCUUCGGAGGAAGAAGUAGCGCAUGCAUCAGACGUGAAGGAGACUACACCGGAUGUCGUCGAUACACCAAACGAAGGACCGAACGUAGAAGGCGGAGGCGGUGAUGCGAGGCCACAGUCGGGAAGUUGGUUGAAGUGGUGGUCACGCCCAGAUGGCUACGGCAGCGACACGGAGAAGAUACAGCCAAAACGAGUAGCGAAACAGCCACGAUUAGAUACGGCUGAAGAAGAGACCAGCACAACCCAAGCGAUAGAGCAACCAAGUCCUUCAUUACAAGAUGCUGAGAAAGGUCCAAAUGCGAAUACUGCAGAAGAAAACGUAAAGCCAGAAAUGACCUCCAAUCCAAAUGCUGGGCGAUCUUGGUUCGGGCUUUGGAGUCAUGCUCAGAACGAGCAAGCCGCAGCAGAACAGAAUCAAGCGACCGAUGCGGAGAGAGAGCAACAGAACAGCGACUCUCAAGACAACACGAGCGUGAUCACUGCACCAACCGAGCCCGCCAUCACAAGCGCGACGUCUGGCAACCCAGGCUCGACCAGCAAUGCAGUCACCAAGGACAUUGAAUCAGGACCCGACCGACCAAAGCCAUCGGGGUGGGCAUUUUGGUCGAUGGACAAGGCGACAACGGCUGGAGACACUGCUACUGCGAACGAGACGCAAAUGCAAGUUGGAGAGCUAGCUGUCGCUGACACUCCGUCUCAGAGUCAUCCAGAAGCUGCACAAUUCAACGAACAGCGUCAAGAAAGGAAAAAUGCAGGCCCAACCACUCCGAAGCGCGCAUCAUCCCUGUUGAGUAAGGCGAGCAAAGAUAUUACGGAGAGCCCAGCUCCUACACGGAAGCUGGCGGAUUCUCCCGCGACCAAUAAUCCUCAGGCGGUAGCAGCAGCGACUUCACAAGCAAAGGCGACACUUGAACAUAUCGAACAGCCCGUGCCCGUCUAUCGAAAUAAAGAAUCGCAGGCUCGCCCGAACCUCGUCCUUCCUUCCUUCCGCGAUUCCUUCUCGCCAGCACCGACGAUAGGGUAUCUUGAUCGCCUCACAUCAUAUUUGGCGCAGUCAUUUCACAUUCCCGGGGCCGAACCACCUCGCCCGCCAACAUAUCCAUAUAUUAGUCGAACACCGCACAAGGUCAAGAAGGCCAUUGCGAUAGGAAUUCAUGGAUUCUUCCCAGCCGCAGUGUUCAACAGGGUCAUUGGUCAACCUACAGGCACCUCAAUACGUUUCGCAGGCUACGCGGCAGCCUCGAUCAAAGAGUGGUGUCAACAGCAUCAACCCGAUGUCAAGGACGUCCGAAUUGAGAAGGUCGCGCUUGAAGGCGAGGGUAACAUCGCCGAACGUGUGACAACCUUGUGGAAAUUGCUGCUCAAUUGGCUCAGCCAUCUUCGACAAGCAGACUUUAUUCUCGUCGCAGCGCACAGUCAAGGUGUGCCCGUUGCCACAAUGUUAGUCGCAAAGCUCCUACAGCUUGGAGCUUUGGCUCCGAACGUUCGCAUUGGCAUUUGUGGUAUGGCUGGGAUCAACCUUGGCCCAUUCAUAGAAUACAAGUCUCGUCUCUUUGGAAACACGGCGCUCGAGCUCUUUGACUUUUGCGACAGCACCUCAAAGGUUAGCAUAGCGUAUGCCGAUGCGGUCGAUGUUUGCCUACGGAACAAUGUCCGGAUCACCUACAUUGGCAGCCUAGACGACCAACUCGUCAGUCUCGAAAGCAGUCUACACGCGCCAUUGAGCCAUCCGUAUGUCAACCGUGCAGUCUUCAUUGACGGCCGCUUGCACACCAGCAACUUCUUAACACAUCUCGUGGUGUUCUCGGUGAAGCUGCGGAAUCGGGGCAUCUCCGACCAUGGCCUUCUCCGCGAGAUCAGUGCACCGCUUGCGGGCAGUCUCGUCGGAGGCGAGGGUCAUUCGCGGGUAUAUGAUGAUCCUGCUGUAUACACCUGUGCAGCGGAAUUUGCGCUUGAGAGCACCGACAUGCAUGUUCCGGCGCAGGCCCAAGCAGUCACGACUGAAGCGAUUGGCGAUGACGAUCGCCAGAAGAUCAACGCCCGGCGAGCGAGCCUGUCAGGAUACCCUCGCGAAAUGGCCGCUGCGAAUCUCAUGCGACGAGGGAGUCUUGGCGUGGGAUUGCCAGGCAUCGCGCCGAUCAUCGCUCCUUACCACGUCCACGCCAGCACAGCCGGAUCUACCUCUGCGACGAACGUCGCGGAGAAGAAUCCAUUUGUCCUGCCGUGGGCUGUACGAGGCAUGCUAGAGGAAGAGGCCGUCAAGAAGGAUCCCGAGCUGCAGGCAGAGGUGCACGAACUGGUGUGGGAGUUUGAACAGUGGAGACCGACGGGCAAGGGGCUCAAAGACGUGCGGUGGAGGCUUGAGGGCGUGCGAAGCUUGCUAUGAGGUUGCUUCGGAAUCUUCCGAUUGCGCACGUUGUCAGAUAGACCGUGAAACUAGCGUGGGAGGUUAUGAGAAAUGCACAAUAUACACGAGGUGACGUGCGGAGUCGCCAUUGUUCUAAGUUUCUACAACGUACUGUGACGGCCCA